AUGGUUGAUCUUGAUACAUCUCAAAGUCGUCUAAUUAUUUUUAUUAUUCUACUUAUAAUAAUAAUCCCAUCAAUAGUUUGUUCAAUUUAUAUUUUUUAUCAUUUUAUUCGAUUUCAUGAAUUACGACAAAAUGUUAAUAAUCAUAUUAUUCUCGUUUUAUUAUUCAUUAGUUUUAUACAGGUCGUUGGUGAACUUCCGUUGACUCUUAUUUUCUUACGAACUGGAUCAGUUGCCAUAUUAUCAGAUAAAUUUUGUCAAUUUUGGAUUGUUUUGAAUUAUACCGUUUGUACCGGAAGUCUAUGGACUAUGGCUAUUGCAAGUAUUGAACGAUAUUGGCUUGUAUUUCAUCGAACAUUUUUUAAUAAAUAUAUAAUUCUUUUACAUUAUAUUCCAAUAAUAUUAUGUAUUAUUUAUCCAUUAAUACUCUAUACUUAUCUAGUUACUAUAUAUACAUGUACAAAUACAUUUGAUUAUUCAUAUUGGACAUGUGGUGGAGCAUGUUAUCUUUAUGAACCUCUACUUGGUACACUAGAUUGGGUAAUUAAUGGUUGUACAAAUGUUCUUUUAAGUACUUCAGUAACAUGGAUAAUUAUCAUUCGUGUUCUAAUUCAAAAACAACGAGUCAAUUCUCAACGAACUGUAUGGCAACGUAGUCGAAGAAUAAUUAUGCAGUUGAUUGUUCUAUCAGCACUUUAUAUGAUUGUAUGGUUACCUUGUGUUAUUUGUUUUGUUAUUACACUUUUUACACCAGUUCCAUUUUUAACGGCACUUUAUGGAGCUUAUCUCAGUUAUUAUCAAUAUAUAGCAUGUCUUCUGUGUCCAUUUGCUUGUCUUUUAGGCUCAUCUGAAAUACGACAAGUAAUGAGAAAUACACGGGUAGUUCAACCAUCAAUGCAUAUUAUGCAACCAAUAACACAACGUCUUCAACAACAGACAUAA